AUGAAAGUCGCUGUGUGGGGACUGCUUCAAUUACUCAGUGUCUCUUUAGUGUGGGGCUUAGGAUGGAAGCUUGAUGAUAGCAUCACUGGCGAGGAUUACUUCAACAAGUUCAACUUUUAUGCCGGACCUGAUGGCGCGGACAACAUGACGCAUGGUAUGGUGAACUAUGUCGACAUGCCUAAUGCAAAGCGUCUUAACUUGUCUUAUGCGAACGGCGACAAUUUUGUAAUGCGUGUUGAUACUACCAUGGAACAGCCAAAUGGUCGACCAAGUGUUAGGUUGCAUUCGAAGAAGUCUUACCGUGACUCUGUCAUUAUUCUGCAAGUCGCACAUGUUCCUCUCGGUUGUGCAGUUUGGCCUGCAUUUUGGACAGUCACUGAUAACACGACACAGUGGCCUAAAGGUGGCGAAAUUGAUAUUCUGGAAAAUGCCAACGAUCAAUAUCCUUACAACCUUGCUGCUGUUCAUCUGAAUAGAACAUGCCUUAUUGAAAAUCCAAAGCAAACAGGAACUACCAUUUUCAAUGAUUGCGAGGCGUAUGCCAAUGAGAAUUCUGGCUGCCGUAUUGCUAUGAAUGGCACAAGUGACGCAACUUGGGGCCAUAAGCUGAAUGCCAAAGGUGGAGGCACAGUGGCUAUGCAACGCGACUUCAGCAGAGAUGGCAAAGGUGUUCGCAUGUGGUUUUGGGAAAACUGCGAUGAGCCGGAAGAGCUUAAGAAGCCCGGAAGUUCCGUCAACCCGGAUAGCUGGGGCACACCGGCCGCUGAUUUUGGGCUCACGCAGUGCUCUGAUCAAUUCGACAACCACAUGAUCAUAUUUGACAUUACUCUGUGCGGUGACUGGGCCGAGGACACUUAUUCAGACACGACAUGCCCCUCGCAAUACAAGAGCUGCGGUUACCAAGUGGGCAAGCUAGGCAAUACGUUUGAAGAUGCCUAUUGGGACGUGAAAACCUUGUUUAUAUACACACCGGAUGAAAACGCUAGCUCUUCUACGACAUCCAACACGAAGCGAAGCUCGGAAGGCACUUGCGCUCUCGGAAAGCCUCCGUCUGGCAGCGCGGGUGCUCAUUUGCCAAACUUGACUCUCCUUAUUAGUCUUUUCGUUCUAACUGCUAUGAUUAUUUUACAGUAA